AGUGCGCAGGAGCGAGAGCACCGCGGGUCCUUCUGGGGCCCGCAGGGUGGAGCACGUGGUUCCGCAGCCGCUCGCGGGGCGUCCCGCGGCCGCGUCGCUGCCCGUAGCACUCGCGUCCCUCCUACGGCCGCCACCGUCCUCCCCAGCGGCAGGUGACAGGUGGCAGGAGCGGGCGGCCCCGACUUUCCUCGCUCUGCGGCAGCGGAAGCCGUGGGGGAGCCGGCGUAGCUGCUGCUAUUGGUGAUGCAGAGUUAGCUCUGAAGGGGCGCGAGGGCUCCCCUUCUGCUCUCGUAUCCGCACGAGGCUGCGACGGCAGCGGCGCCGCUGCAGUGGGAAAGGCGAAGUCGCGGGGCGGUGAACGUGGGGUGCGGAGAGGGGUGCGCUGCUGCCGGGACGUUCGUCAGUUGGGUCUGCCGCGCGACAUUGACUUUUUGAAACACAGUUGAAAAGAUACCUUUCUGUUGUUCAUUACUUAUAGCCAGCAAAUGCAAGGGAAAUAACAGGUAAUAAAUUAGUUGCGUAUUUUUAAUGGUGAUAUGUUGUGAUAUUUCUUUAGUAAAAAUUAAUUAGCAUGCAAGACUGAUCAGUAUGUUAAGUAAUGACAUAAACAGUCAAGAAGAACGUUAAAUGUUAAGUAUGAUUUCUGAUGCUUCUGACAGUCCUUAACUAAACUUUCUCUGUAUAUAUUAAAGGAUGCUAGAAAUAAUAUGAUCCUUGGCAAAUGAGGCAUUUUAAGGGUUAUGUUGUAAGCAUAGUUCUCUUUGCUUUGAUUUUUGAGGACAGAGCAACUGGGCAAAUAUUUCAUGUAAUUCUAAAGGCUUGGUCAAUUAUUCUUUUCCUACUUAAGAAAUUCAGAAUCUAGAUAGCAAUAUUCAGAAGUGAGAUCUUUUUUUUUUUUUUUUUUUUUUUUUCUGGUUGGAAACUACUGAAGCAGAAAACCAGAACCUAGAAGAUUUUUUUUUUCAAGCCAAACCAGUAAAGUUGCCAGUGAUUGCAGGCACUUCCAAAGGUGUGAAGCUGCUGAGUAUGAUAACUUAAUCAAAACUAUGAAUUGAGGUGUUUAGGUACUUUAUUGUUCUUUUUCUUACUUUUCUUUAAACAUGUUAGUAUUCUGUUCUAUUACAAAGCAGCAUUGAGAUAGAUGCUCUCAAAACAGCAUUAGGCAAUGUGUGAAGUGUGGAAAAAAAGGUAUGAAUUAUUAGGUUUAAUUAUUAUUUUACAAUUGUCUGAGUAAUGUGCUUUGGAAAAAAAGUAUUGUUAGAGAUCUAACACGUACAUACUGUCAGAAGAUACAGGAGUGCAAAAAAUGCAAGUGGUUUUUAUUAUGAUGCCUUGGAAAAGAAUGGAGGAGGGAUAAAAAAAAAAAAAAGAGAAUCUUCCAAAAUCUACUAUACCUGUGGCAAUACUUUUUUUUUCCCACUAUAAAUUAUACACAUGGAAAUCUGGGUCUUCUAAUGGUGCGUUUUGUUGUUUGUUUUUCUCAGCAGCUGUUUCUUUUUCAUGCCCAUUAGAAACAUUCUCUUCAUCUUGUGCAACACAAUCAGUUUAUUCCAUCUUCGUGAUUUACCCCAAUCUUCCUGCUGGAAGUCAGGGAUACUUUCUUCCACCUGUUUAGUUUUCUCAUCUAACAUCAAUUUGAAUUAAUAUGGGGCGUGCUUCUUCCAAGAAUCAUUGUGGUACAUGCAGGUCUUUAAAGAGACUGCUUCCACCUUAACUUUUAUGGAUCACAUCUGAAUUCCUAAAGAUGAAUUCGUAAAGAAAACUUUUGUUUCAGCUCCUUUGGCAGAAAUUACUAGUUGAUGGUGCUAUGGGCUACCUGUCAGAUGUUGACAGCUGUUAACAGAUGAGUGCUGCCAAGAACUUUGGCCUUACAGGUGCUCAGAAAUGCCUCUGUUCCCAUAGCAGUGGAAAUCCAAAAGCUGAUUUGCCCCCUCCGCCUCUCCCCCCCAGGCCAUGCCAGACACAGUGCAAGCACUAAUACAUUGUCAGGAGACACGGAUUGCUGGCUGCAAGAACAUGAGGAAGCCUUUCCUCCAAGCCCUGCCUUGUGCAGUAGGGUAGAGAUGAUAACUAAGAAGUUAAGUUUUAUACUGCUCCCCACCAUAUGUUUUCUUGAUUUCUGCUGAACUGUAUGAACUGACCUUCUUCUGCAUGUACUGUCUCAUCUGUAGUGAAAUGCAAGGCAGGGAAUUAACACAUCUGGACUGUCUUGUGUAUUAAUCCCAAUUUAUAUGUCUAUGAUUUUUUUUAAUGAACUCAUUCUGCAUGCAUUUCAUUUAUUUGUCUGCCCCUACAUUUGUAGGUAAGUCCGGUUCACUUUUGUUUCAUUUCAUUGUGUAUCAUUUACAUAUACUCUAUUUGGAAAAAACGUUAUUUAUUUUGCUUUAAAAAUUCCUCCCUGAUUAUUUAAUUGAAUGUUCUAAAAUAUUUGUGAUAAAAUAUAUAUAUAUAUCCUUAUUCUAUUUGAUAUCGAUCUCUGUAAUAUUCUCUUACAGUACUUAAAGAACUCUCAAUUUGCAAAAAUUAUUACACAUAUCUGACAUAUUCAGUGUCCCAGACAGUGUCAUCCAUCCCAUUACAAGCACUAUGUAUUUCAUGAUUGUUUUUUCAUGAAAGCACAGUAUCUGGAUCUCUGAUUAAAUCACUUUAGAGUGACAGAUGUUUCCCAUGUUUUUUUCCACGUCUAUAAUAUCUCUUAUUGAACAUGUUCUUUCCUACAGAUGCAGCAGCGUAAACUGCAAGGACAAAGACAUUUGCAUCCAUAUUUAGAUACAUUCAAAAUGUUGUGUGGUGGGAAAAAAUCCUACUUUGCUGGUGCUGUGUGCAUUAUAACGCUAACAUCAAUGGUCACGUUUUCUUAUCUUAGAUUACAGAGACAUAUUCACCUGCCAAAAAUAGUACAAGAAGGUAGUAGGUGUAGAGGGGAAACUGCAAAUAGCACAAUAACACCAUUAAAAGAUAACAGAACUUUUAUUAUAUCCCCAUACUUUGAUGACAGAGAAGACAAAGUCAUACGUGUGAUUGGGAUUGUUCACCAUGAAGAUGUCAAAGAACUAUACUGCUGGUUUUGUUGUCAGCCCCAUGGAAAGACAUAUGUAUCAAAAGCAAAAAUAGAUGUUCACUCAGACAGAUUUGGAUUCCCCUAUGGAGCCGCAGAUAUAGUUUGCUUGGAACCUGAGAACUGUGAUCCAACACACGUAUCAAUCCAUCAGUCUCCACAUGGAGAUAUUGGCCAGCUAUCGAGGUUUGAAAUAAAAAACCGCAAAGCAGAGCCCUUCUCUGCUGACUUCACGGUAUGCAUCUCUGCCAUGUUUGGAAAUUACAACAAUGUCUUACAGUUUGUACAGAGUAUGGAAAUGUACAAGAUUCUUGGGGUACAGAAAGUGGUGAUCUACAAGAACAACUGCAGCCAGAUGAUGGAAAAAGUCCUGAAGUUUUAUUUGGAAGAAGGAACUGUAGAGGUAAUUCCGUGGCCAAUAAACUCAUAUCUCAAGGUUUCUCCCAAAUGGCGCUUCAUGCAAGAUGGAAAAGACAUUGGCUACUAUGGACAAAUCACAGCUCUAAAUGACUGUAUAUACCGCAACAUGCAGAGGAGCAGGUUUGUGGUUCUUAAUGAUGCUGAUGAAAUAAUUCUUCCUCUUAAGCACUCAGACUGGAAAACAAUGAUGAGCAGUCUUCAGGAGCAAAAUCCUGGAACUGGUGUUUUCCUCUUUGAGAACCAUAUCUUUCCAGAAACCAUAACCACUCCCAUGUUCAACAUUUCAUCUUGGAACGCUGUGCCAGGAAUUAACAUACUACAGCAUGUUCACAGAGAGCCUGACAGGAAAGAGGUAAUCAAUCCCAAGAAAAUGAUAGUUGAUCCAAGAAAGGUGAUUCAGACUUCAGUCCACUCUGUCCUACGUGCUUACGGGACCAGUGUGAAUGUUCCAAUGGAUGUUGCCCUCAUUUAUCACUGUCGCGUGCCCCUUCAAAGUAACCUUCCUAGAGAAUCUCUCAUCAGGGAUACGACGUUGUGGAGAUAUAACUCAUCGUUAAUCAUGAAUGUUAACAAAGUUCUCUAUCAAACAGUACUGGAAGCUCAAAAGUGAAACUUUGUCUGCAAAAAGCAAAAGUGGGGAGUUGCCUGUGCCCCAGGGAGGCAUAGGAUAUCAUUCAAAGAUCACAUUAAAAUCUCUUGCACGUGAGAAUUACAUCUCAGAGAGAUUUGGGAGAACAAUCCCUUUAUGUACAGAACAAAUGUAAAUGCAUUCUGUCUGUGAACUGUGAUAUGGUACCAUUUAGCAAUCUGCACUGAAAUAGAGGCUGUGAUGGAGAUGUGUGCCCCUGAUAAAGGCUGCUGCAAAUUUCUUACAUGGGAGAGUUGAGGAAUAGUGGGGAGGUCAGUACUUUUACUUUUCUCUAGCUAAGAAAAUGCAUUAUUAAAGUUGUAGGAAGUGACCAUGCACUGAUUAGAAUUUCUUAGAACUUAUUUACAGCUUCCUUUUUAUUUUCCUACAUUCCUAUAUGUUUUACUUUGUGCAACAAACCUGUAAAGUGCCCAAAGAAGAAAUGAAUCUAUUUUUGUGUAUGUGGAAAUACAGCUGUGUGUGGCAUUGUCAUUAACAGAUGGCUUGUGAUAAUAUGUGCCAGAUGAAGAGCUACACUGGAAUUAACUCGGCAAUUCAUUAUAAUCACAGAGACAGCAUAAGAAAACAGACCAGAUUACAUUAGAACUGUCCCUUACUGAAGAUACUGGUUCAUAAGAGAAACUGGAAUUUUUGGCAGAGCCAUUUGCCAUUUAAUGAUAGCAAAGAUCAAUGUAGAUGAUUUUGCCUCUUCAGUGAAUUUUCAAUUAAAAAUAAAAUUUGUAUCUCAACUGAUUUAUGUAUUGCUGUAAUCUUUAUUUGAGUAAAUUUGCAUUUUUGAAUCUAUGUAUUAAAAAAACAUACAAUGAAUAGUGGUAAAAUUAAUGCUCCUCAAUUAUUGCUGUUUGUAUGUCAUGAUUUGAGUUCAAAAUUUUCAUAUAACAAUUUGGAUAAAACAGACAAAUGCACUGUGAAAAUAUCUGGGGAAAAACGUACUUGUUUCAACUGAAAAAAAAAUGUAUCCCAUUUAUUAUUGGAAAUAGAGUUUUUAAAAUGUUAAUAUAUUGUAAUGGCUGCUGGAUUAAUGCUAAUCCAAAGAACUCUGACUGUUUUUGAGGCCUGUAUCUUUAAGAAAUGUGCAUUUUUGCUA